AUGUCCAGUCAGUAUACUUUCUCUCUUCUGAUACUCAUCUUCUCAUUCGUCAAUAAUUAUGCCGAAGUUGCAAAUUUUACUCUGGAUUCUCUGGAAUUUAAUCACAUGACUGUACAUGACAUCACUGGUGAUGUAUACAUUGGUGGUGUUGAUUACAUCCACAGACUAGAUGAAGAUUUACUACUCAUCUCCAAUAUAACAACUAAACCUGAUGAUGAAACUGAUAACUAUAAUAAGAUAUUAUCGAUUAACUAUAAUGACAACAAUCUGGUUACAUGUGGCAGUGACAAGGGAUGGUGUCAGAUUAGAAACUUGACUGAUUUAUCAGUGUUAGGUGAUAGUGAUAAAUAUGUUGCUGCACCAAAUGUGGAAGACUCUACUGUGGGAUUUGUAGCACCAGGUUAUGAUGAUAAACCUAUGUUGUAUGUUGGUACAUCAAAACGAGGAUUGGUCUAUGAUGGGGUUGAAGCUGUUAGUGGAAGGCAACUUGAAGAAGCUUUGUUUCAUACAAUUUUCGAAUCUCAAUAUAAGCAAACUGCUGUAGGGAUAAGUUCAAUUUAUCAUGGAGAGUACUUUGUGAUUUAUAUUCAAGGUUUUAGCUAUGAUGGAUUUAGUUACUUUCUGGUUGUACAAAAAUUGUAUAGAUCUGAUAAUUCAUAUAUAACUAGGAUUGUUCGUGUAUGUCAAGAGAGAGAUGACAACUACUACCAGUCAUACACUGAAGUAACUUUACAGUGUGAUGGUCGUGAUAGUACGUCAUAUAAUCUACUACAAGCAGCCCAUGUCAUGAGACCAGCAUCAGAUCUAGUUACGUCACUAUCACUGGAGGACGGUGAACAUGUACUAUUUGCUGUGUUUGCCAAAGGAGAAACACCACAGGAUUUAACACCAUUACAACAAUCUGCAGUGUGUAUGUAUAAAAUGACAGACAUUGAACAAGCCUUCACUGAUGCUAUAUCUGGAUGUGUUGAUCCGGGUGGUGAUGAUUAUGAAUUAUAUUAUAUCCAAGGAUCAACAUGUCCUGGCACUGUACAUAUUAAUGUACAG